GCCGCCGGGGGACACUCGGUGUCCGGCUCGGAGGACACGUUCAGCGUCAGCCUGCCCGGGGACAUGGAGCCCGGGACCCUGGAGGACAAGCUCCGGGGGCUGGCGUUCCGGAAGCAGACCUCCUACCGGAAGGCGAUCUCCCGCUCAGGCCUCCAGCACCUCGGCCCGUCGCAGCCCUCCCUGCCUCCGGCAUCCAACGGCCCCAACAAGGAGCUCCGCACCGGCGUGGACUGGACGGAGAACGCUGUGAACGGAGAUCACCUGUGGAUGGAGACGAGCUGCUCAGGAGAGCUGUGUUAUCUGGGAGAGGACGCCUGCUUACUGAAGACCGCAAAGUCGGCCCCCAGGAGGAAAUGUGCAGCCUGUAAGAUCGUCGUUCACACUGGCUGCAUAGAGCAGCUAGAGAAGAUUAACUUCCGCUGCAAGCUGACGUUCAGAGAGGGAGGAUCCCGAUGCCUCAGAGAUCAGAACGCACUGAGACAUCACUGGGUUCACAGACGAAGGCAAGACGGGAAAUGUAGACAAUGUGGAAAGAGUUUUCAACAGAAGUUCUUCCACAGUAAAGAAAUCAUCGCCAUCAGUUGUUCUUGGUGUAAAUUGGCCUUCCACAACAAGGUGACGUGUUUCAUGCUGCAUCAGAUCGAGGAGCCGUGUUCUCUGGGGGCCCACGCUGGAGUCAUAGUGCCCCCCUCCUGGAUCAUCAAAAGCUCACUGAAGAACUCGGCAAGGAGAAAAAAGCGGACGUCUUUUAAACGAAGGACGAGCAAGAAGGGACUGGACGAUUCUAAAUGGCGUCCGUUCAUGCUGAAGCCGCAUCCGUCUCCUCUCAUGAAGCCAAUCUUGGUUUUCGUCAAUCCGAAGAGCGGCGGCAACCAGGGCGCCAAGGUGUUGCAGAUGUUCAUGUGGAUCUUGAAUCCUCGACAGGUGUUUGACCUGUCGCAGGGCGGCCUGCGAGAGGCGUUGGAGUUGUACCGGAAAGUGCCAAACCUGAGGAUCCUUGCCUGUGGAGGAGACGGGACGGUCGGGUGGAUCCUGUCCACGCUCGAUGAGCUGCAGAUGAACCCCCAGCCUCCGGUCGCUGUUCUUCCUCUGGGAACAGGAAAUGACCUCGCCAGGACGCUCAACUGGGGCGGGGGUUACACUGAUGAGCCCGUGUCCAAGGUUCUGUGUCAUGUGGAGGACGGUUCUGUUGUGCAGCUGGACAGGUGGAACCUGCUGGUGGAGAAAAGUGCUGCUCUGCCUGAGGAGGGAACGCAGAAGCUGCCUCUCAACGUGUUCAACAACUACUUCAGCCUGGGCUUCGACGCUCACGUCACCCUGGAGUUCCACGAGUCCAGAGAGGCCAACCCGGAAAGGUUUAACAGUCGCUUCCGCAACAAGAUGUUCUAUGCAGGAGCUGCGUUCUCAGAUUUCCUCCAGAGAAGCUCAAGGGACUUGUCCAAGCACGUCAAAGUGGUGUGUGAUGGUACAGAUCUGACUGCUAAGAUCCAGGAGCUGAAGUUCCAGUGCAUCGUGUUUCUGAACAUUCCCAGGUACUGUGCUGGCACCAUGCCGUGGGGAAACACAGGCGACCACAGAGACUUCGAACCCCAGCGCCAUGACGACGGCUGCAUCGAGGUUAUCGGCUUCACUGUGGCCUCACUGGCGGCGCUACAGGUCGGAGGUCACGGGGAGAGACUCCACCAGUGCAGAGAAGUUGUGUUAACGACUUUCAAGACCGUUCCUGUUCAGGUGGACGGUGAGCCAUGUCGUCUGGCCCCCACCACCCUCCGCAUCUCCCUCCGAAAUCAGGCCAACAUGGUCCAGAAGAGCAAGAGACGCACCUCAGUGCCCCUGCUGAACGAUCCUCAUGCAGUUCCAGAUCGUCUGCGUCUGCGAGUGAAUCGAAUCAGCCUCCAGGAGUACGACCGCCUGCAGUACGACAAAGAACGACUCAGAGACAUCUCCAUCCCUGUCGGCAUCGUGGUGGUACGAGGAGACUGUGACCUGGAGACGUGCAGACUUUACAUCGACAGACUACAAGAGGACUUACACCAGGCGCCAUCUACAGGCCACAGAGUGCACUACCAGGACGAGAGCAGAGGCGUCGCCAGGACCAGUUCGUCCAGUAGAUUGUCUCCCAACUGGAGCUUCUUGGAUUCAACAUCAGCUGAUCGCUUCUAUCGUAUCGACAAAGCUCAGGAGCACCUCCACUUUGUGACGGAGAUCUGUCAGGAUGAGGUUUUUAUCCUUGACCACGAGGGGCCUGUGGUGAGCCCGGGCGCGUCCACGGGGAUGCCUGAUCUGGUGGUGGAACCUUCAGCAGGCGCUCCACUGACACCUGAGGAUCAAGCUCUGUUUACUGCUGCCACCUCUGGAGAUCUUUCUGUGCUGUCGGAGUGUGUGCGUCGAGGCAUCAGCCUGUUGGGCCGAGACUCCGGAGGCUGCUCAGCGCUUCACAUCGCGGCUCAGAACGGACACACGGACCUGGUCAGCUUCAUCCUGCAGCAAGGCUCCAAGGUGCAGCUGGAGUUAACAGACAGAGAAAAAGGGGACACUGCCCUGCACAAAGCAGCCUCUGAGAAGCAGCAUGCAGUUUGUCGAUUGCUGGUUGAGGCCGGGGCGUCGCUCGAGAAGACCAACUUCCUGGGGAAGACUCCAGCAGACCAAGCGGAGGGCGACUCGGAGCUCGCCUCCUACCUGAGCACCCAGCAACACAAAGCCUGUUCCACUCAUGAAGACUUGGAGACGGCGGUCUGAGGCGCACACACAGAUACACACACACUCACUCUGCCUCCGUGGACUCACACACUCGCAGUGGAGAGGAACGUGUGAGAGGAAAGUGUUUAGAGUCAGGCUCGGACUCCAGCGGCUCCACUGAUGAGGAGAGGAACCGGUGGAGGAGCGAGGAGCCGCCUCCGCUCGCCGCCGCGCCGCUGUGGAGAUUUUAAUCAACUAUUUAUUUGUAUUUAUUUAUUCAUAUUCUAUUUAUUGGCUGUGCUGAUUGGUUGUCGGACAUGUGACGGCUCAGGAUGCAAAGUGCACUUUGAGCGGCCGCGGCGGGUUCGUGAGUUCACCGGGAGAUGAACCCGUGAAAAGACGCUUCUCGUCUUCUAAGGGAUUUAUUUCAGUCACAGAUCUUCUGAGGUCACGAGUUUUAUUCAGUGAGAAACGUCGUCAGUGGUGGAAUGUGGAAAGCGUCAGAAUAACCAGAAGUCUCCUUUCAGAGCUGAUAGAAAUAGUAACGGUUUGUGUGUUUACCCAUAAAAAACGUGUGCCAAAGACAUUGCACUGAUGUCGCGUCGUACCGAGUCCACGGUUUUACCAUCGCUCCCAGAAUCCAUCACGUUGUCGUGUGUGUUCGUUCGGCCGCCGGGGGGGGGACGGGACAAAACUCUCCGGUCCCUCAAUUAUACAAUGUGAAACCAAAACCAACCACAAAACGUCCUCGGAGUUGGAGUCUCUCUCUUCAAGAUAUGCAAAAGAUCUCGUGCUUUUUAUCACAUGUUGUUUCACUGAGCUUUGAUUUCAUCACACUUUUAUUUCUUCAGCUGCUUUUUUCAAAUCCACCCGCAGAAAAUAUAGUUCACAAACUAACAAGAACAACACAAACAGAACACCUGUUCCAGAACAGGAACUCUCUUUAGGAACUCAGGUCAGUUCUUAUAUUUUAAAAAGAUCCAGGAGCAGCAGCCUGGACCAGAUGUGGACCAGUAGUGGACCAGUAUCAUGAUUAAAACCCUACACCCUAUUAAAACAUGAAUUAUGAGCAGUUGCAGUUUAUUUUGAAGGAUCAACCAGAUUAUAUUUUUUAAAAAACAGUGAAUUUAAAUCUAAAUCACUAACGGAUGAAGAACCUCUCAAGCUGCCGUCACACAAAUUACACAAUGGGCUUGUGUGUAUCCGGUACUCCUGAAGCGACAAAGCUUUGUGCGUUUGUGUGUGUGUGUCUGUUUGUGUGAGACAAUACGUUCCAUUUCAUAUCAAAUCAAAAAAGAGACGCAAGUGCACCAGAGAGAGACUCACUCUGCUCUGUGCAGCGUCUACACACCUACAGACUGUGUGUGUGUGCGUGUGUGUGUCUGUGUGUGUGUGUGUGUGUGUUUGCAGCAUUUAUCCAAGAAGAAAAGAACAAUCUGAGCCAUAUUCGAUGCAAUAGGAUCGAUGACGUCUGUUUGCGUUUCUCUAUUAAUCGUUUACAUUACAUUAAUGUUUUUAACGUCCGUUCAGCACCGAGGACUCAUGAAUGUGCAAUUUAACUUCAGUGCUGUUUGAGUAUAUGAUUGUCUUGGUAUUUUGUAUUAUUUUGUAUUAUUAUACCUGUUAUGAUUUGUAUUCUGUGUGCACGUAUAUCACUGGAUUGAACUCAGCCCUGUGACGUCUCUUCACAUUAACCUGUCGUGACUAAAUUCACAUUCUCAAGUGGAAACAAGUUUUUUCUGGGGACGUAGAAUCUCCCAGAGACACUCGGCCAUCGUAGAAGUCGCAUUUUCAGCAGCUACACAACUUCACAGUAUUAAUCAAAUGACAUUUUCAGUUUUUUGUGUGGUUUUUAUAAACCCAGACACGACAAAAUCCAGAUCUCUCCUGGAUCUUGAGUUAGAAAGUUUGGCUUAAAUCAGUACUUCCAAGGUGUAAAAUGAAUCUUCUGCAUUUUUUUAAAGUAUUUAUACGAAACAAUUUUGUUACAUGACAAACCACAAACAGAGUUAAUCCCCUCGUGUGGCUGCAGGGGGCGCUGUGGCUCGGUAACAGUAACAUAGCGUUGCUUUAAGUCCUCGCCUGUUUGGUGUUAGCUCGUAGCGUAGCAUGACGCGUCAGUGUUAUUCUGGGGAUGGGCCGGUUCUUCUUCUUCUCUUGUAAACCGGUCGUCAACGUCCACUUCGGCUAAAUUCACAUUUCAAGUCUCAAUUAUUGUUUUUUAUUUGACAUGAAUCUUUGCUGAACUUCUACGAUGGCUGCCAGUGUCGAGAUGACAUCAUUCAACUGAACCACGAGUUGUUGUUUUAAUAAAGUGACAGAAGUGAUGAGCUCGGCCCGUUCUGAACGACACACACACACACACGCACAUACACAGACACACACAGACACACACGCUUCGUAUCACUCUCUGUUCAGUAGAAACAGGACUUUGUAUUAAACUCCUCAGCGUUGGUCAUGCAUGGCAUUUUUUUCUUACAUCUUUGGGAUUCUUUUCUGGCAAUGGCAUAAAAAAAUGGCAUUAUUGUUGUUCAAACUAUUAAAUUAUUAUAGUUUUAAA